CAAUCAAUCGGUAUUGGUCGUCCGACCUAGAAGGAACAGACUUACACCGAUUAGAAAACAGGAUUAACUGACUACGAACUAGCUGGCGUGUGCGUGUGUGGGCACUUGCUCAUCACUUAUAAUUAACAAAGUGAUAAGCCGGAAUAACAAAAAGUAGGUGCAUCUGCUGCUAAGAGGUUCACCCCGCUGUAGUUAUCUCGCGCUACCCUCGGGAAGGUGAAAGUACAGAAAUACAAUCAACAAGGGUUGCGCGCAGUCUUUAAAGUGCCGCGCCAGUUCGUAUAUAAAAGCCGAACGGCACCGGGAAAUCCUUUUUACAGUGGUGUGCUAGUUGUCGGAAAGCAGAACUGCUCGAGCCGCGCGUUUUUUUCCUUCUUCAUCAAAUCGACAAAGAGGUGAAGUAUUGCCUGGCGAACAAUUCUCUAUUCAUCCGCGAGCCGUGACACGAAUUUCCUCGCACUUGACUACGUUUGUAAAUCGUGAAUUUGAAAACAACAAACACUUGAACUAUAUACCGACAAUUACAACGAGAUAGGAAGGAUAUAGAUAGUGUAACAUAGCGGGGUCAACACAAACAACGCAGGUGCCUAGUUCUUGCUGGCAGGCUCGAAUUGCAAACAUCGGUCUUCUGUUCAGUCAGUUUGUGUAGGUGGUCGGAACCGAUUGAACGCGGGAACCGAUUGUGGUGAAAGUUAGCUGACUGCCAGUCAAAUAUCGCCAUGCAGAUCGUGGGUCUGCUGAUAUCGCUCGGUCUGGCUCUGUGCUGCUUCGAAACAGUGCGAUGUUUGCCAGUCAACCCCGACGUGGUGGACAACCUAAUUUUCUCCAAUCCGGAAGUGGCAGCUCAAUCGAUGCGAGAGAUACCCCAGUGGCACUGUUUGCGAUACUUCAAACACGAUGUCCACCUGAUGCGGCGCUGCCGGAACUAUCGCCUUCAUAUGCUACGCCGACCGAACGAUAUGAUGUGAAAUGGAGCGGGAGAUAUGUCACUGCAGGCGGAAACGACUUCGUCCCUGUUGCGAACAGGCAAUUGAAUCUCCAAACGAGUAUAUAGAAGAACACUUUCAAUGCACAGUCAAACGAAGCCAAUCUCGUAGCAGUAGCAUGAGAAUUGAGUCAUCUAUUCCAGUCAUAAGACAGUUAUAAUAAAGAUUAUAAUAAUAACCACAAAAUGAUAUAUAGUAAUAUGCUAGAGCAGUACAAUUAUCUCUAUCAUCCUUAAAACAGAGCAAAACCAACUACAAAUUUGAAGAAUCAUGAACACUGUUUAGAUUAGACGCAUAGCAAUUGGACAAUUUUCAAGUGGCAUUCAAUUUUAUACUAUAUUAGCAAUUAGCGCUUUUAUUGGCAAGCACAAAUCAAACAUCUAUUUAUCCAUAUAUGGCAUAACAUUUUUUAAUACUGUGGCUGUUUUUAGUUUUAUUUUGUAAUUUUAUUUUAAUAAAUGAUAGCUAUUUUAUCAACGCAAACCAAUAAUAAACUUAUAAUAGUAUAAUUCAAUUCAAUGUAUGUACAAUCUUUGAUGGACAAUUUCUGAACAGCUUUUAAAAACUCGUAUGGAAACGCGGAGCAAGACCACCAUAUGGAAAAACCGCGACUAACUCUGCAUUAAAAGUAUGCAAAUUAUCACCAGUUCCGGUUUUUAUGUGACAAAUACGCGUAAGAAAAUGCAGAAAACUGUCGAGAUAACAACAAAACAAAAAUAUUAUAAACUAAUCUAUUGCUAAUGCAGUCGUAUGGUGAUGCGUUCGGUUAUUGUAAAAUUGCAUUCCCUUCUUUCCUACAAACGGAUCGAACACCAUUAUCGAAAGCAGUCAAAUUAAAAAUUUAUAUUGAAAUAUGCGAUCAAUUCCGAUGCUAUUACGUAUGACAUUUGCUUGACAAUGGUGUUUA